AUGGGCAAACUUGACUAUGUGGCUUAUACAAAUAUAAUGGAAGCAGGUAUAUCUUUUGAAAUUACAAGCUACUUUAAUAUAGUCAUACUCAUUACAAAUAUUGUUACUCCAUUUCAUAUUAAAGCUCUUGCACAAAUGCUUUACCGAAUUUGUUAUGAAAAUAUUCAAGUAAAGCUUGAAAUUGAUUCGUCUCCAGCCGUAAUAACUUUUAUUGAAGUCGAGCAUCAGAAAUGUCUUUCUGCAAUAUAUUUUAUUGAAAAGCUUUGUAGUCUCAUAGCCAGGAAUCGCAAAAGGGUUCGCAAUGAGGUUAGGGUUAAAGCAUUAGUUAUCAAAAAUACAGAUUUUAACGCAGUUGCUACUUCCCAGAAUCUUAGUCCUGAAGAAGCUGAAGUCCUUAAAUUUGACCAAGAGUAUUCUAUCGCAGAUAUUAUGGCACUUAAACGUUUUUAUAUGAAAAAUCUUUAUUGUAAAGACAUGAGUAUUGAGGAUUGGAAUAAUAUUUACAAUAGAAAAUUCAUUAAAAAUUUUAGUUUGCUGGAAGCUCAGAAGCAUUUCUUACAGUUAUCUUAUUUUCGAAGGCAAGGUUAUGAUGAGGAGAGUGCAAUGAAGGAAUUGAAAGCUGAAGAAAAUAUACAAUGGGAAAUUGCCUGCUAUAGAGCUGAAGAGAAAAUUGAGAAAUCAGUAGCAGAAGACGUAUGUAAAUCUUAUUCAGCAAAGCAUUGGGAAGUUAUAUAUGAACUUUUUCAAAUACUUGAUUUUACAGGCAUAGAUGAUGAGCGUAUCCUUUCUGGUAGUAUGGUAUCAGAAGCAUUCACAUGA